UAAAAACUAAACUUUAAAAUGGAGAAAUUAGCUAAGUUCCUGAACUGGGAAUUUCGUACGCACUUAAAAAUUGGCGCGUUGAUUCGUAUAGCUCUUGUUGUUUAUAGUAUUUACCACGACAGUCACUAUUCCGUGUCCUACACAGACAUAGAUUAUAAAGUGUUUACAGACGCAGCGAGGCAUGUUUACAAAGGGGAAUCCCCAUACAAACGUCACACGUAUAGGUACAGUCCCCUUAUAGCUUUCAUGUUGCUACCCAACGUUUUUUACAGUCGUACUUUUGGGAAGCAACUGUUUUGUUUAUUUGAUGUACUCGUUGCAAUUGCAAUAAAAGUGUUGGUUGAACGUCAGUUGAAAUGUAAUAAAAAUGCUUCGAAUAUUGCAAAAUAUUGUUCGCUCUUUUGGAUUUAUAAUCCAAUGAGUAUUGCUAUUUCGUCAAGGGGAAACGCCGACUCGGUUCCGUGUUUUUUUGUGAUUUUAUCCAUACUUUUCCUACAAACUGAUUUAAUCAAAGGUUUAUCUAAAUAUGUUUUGUCCGGUAUUUUCCUAGGUUUUUCAAUACAUUUACGCUUAUAUCCUUUAGCGUUGAGUUUCCCCAUGUAUUUAUCUCUCGGCGAAUACAAUAUAAAUAGAAAUACAAAAUUAUUAUCUGGGGUUUUAUCCCUCUUACCAAACCGGAAGCAAAUAUUACUAACGUUCAGUUGCAUUAUCACAUUAUUUUCAUUAACUUACGCAAUGUAUAGUUUGUAUGGAUAUGAAUUUCUAUUCGAAACGUAUAUUUACCAUCUAUUCAGAAAAGAUACAAGGCAUAACUUUUCUGUUAUAUUCUAUUAUUCGUAUCUAACAAUAGAUGAAUUAUCUUUCGAUGGGGUUAAAACGAUUUUGCAAUUUUUCGAGGGUGUUAUUCUAUUCGUCAUAAGUUUGACGUUUGGGACGAAACCGGAAACGCUGCCUUUCGCGCUCUUUUGCCAACCUGUCAUUCUAGUGGUGUAUAACAGUGUCAUGACGUCACAAUACUUUAUAUGGUUUUUAUCCCUUUUGCCGUUAGUUGUUCACAGUUUUGAAAUUAAAGUAACGCAAGCAUUUAUGCUGUUUGUCCUAUGGUUGUCUUCCCAAGGUGCUUGGUUGUUCUACGCGUAUUUACUCGAGUUUAAAAGUAGGGAGGUGUUUAUUUUCAUUUGGUUGAAGAGUGUUGUGUUUUUCUGCGCAAACAUAUACAUUCUGGCACAGCUAAUAAAGAGCUAUAGACCUGGCUACGGUUUCGGGCAAGUUUGUAAACCUAAUGAAAUUAAAAAUCAGUAGUGUGGAGUGCACCCAUUUUGAUUGUAGCUAUGGAUAAUUCUCGAAUCCUGCGAAUUCUCGUUACAUAGCAUGUUAAUUGGUGUGCUAUAUGCUAAUCCACGAGACUGCUAAUGUGAUUUUUUCAUCAGCAGCCGCACACGCUGUUUUGAAUUACAUCAGAAAUGCUAAAUAAGUUUUGAAGGGUAUUUUUGAAUUCUCAUCAGUCGAAUGCUACAUGAUUUGCAAUGCUAUAAACCGCGCUCUAUGACCUUUUUGACUCAUAGCAAUUGACAAAUAACUACUGUUUAUAUUAUGUAAGUGUAUGACGAGGAAAACACGUUAAGUCCAAAGCUAAAAGUUAGGAUGGGAUAUAAUAGAUUUGUAGAUAGAGAUUCUUUAUUUAGUUAGCGGUGAAGUAACAUACAGCCAAGUGGGCCAAAGGUCAAAAUUCACGGUUUUAGGGAUGCUAUAGGGGGGUGAACUUUGUCCCUCUAGCUCUCAAGACCCAGAGGAACCCAGAUAUAGUAUUUUGUAAAUAGAUAUUAAAUUAUUAAGUACUUGAAGAUCCCACAGAUACUAGAAACAUGAUCUACUUUUACUGGGCACUCUUAAUUAAAAAAAAAAAAAAAUUGUGUUACGUCACUGCUUAGUGAAUUAUUAGUUGUUUCUAGAAAUUAGUAUUUUUAUGAACUGAAAUAAAUAAUAUAAUAAAAUU